AUGGCGAACAGGGACUCGGUUGGAAAAGGUGAUGUCGAGAAGGGGGUUGAUGAGAAGGCUGCUCAUAUCGAAAGCCCCAUUACAGAGAUUGGCACCUUUCGUGUCGUGGGCUUGAGUCCUGAAGAUGCGGAAUUUUAUAGGAACUAUCCAGAGGAGAAGCGGAAGAAGGUCUUCAGCAAAGUCGACGCCCGACUAGUCCCCAUGCUGGCCUUGCUGUAUCUAUGCAGCCACAUCGACCGUGCCAACAUCGGCAACGCAAAGAUUGAAGGCAUGAUUGACGACCUAGGAAUGACAGGCGUGCAGUACAACACGGUGCUCUCCAUCUUCUUCAUCCCCUAUGUCCUCUUCGAAGUGCCCAGCAACGUCCUGCUCAAGAAGUUCAAGCGCCCAUCAACCUACCUGGGCAUUCUCGUUGUCUCAUGGGGCAUCAUCAUGACCUGCACCGGCCUGGUCAACAACUACGGCAGUCUGAUGGUUGUGCGUGUUCUUCUGGGUAUUUUCGAAGCUGGGUUCUUCCCUGGCGCCAUCUACCUCUGUUCCUACUGGUACAUGCCCAAAGACCUCGCCCUGCGGAUCUCGUACUUCUACUGCGCCAGCGCCCUCUCAGGCGCCUUUUCAGGCCUGCUCGCUGCAGCAAUUGCCGAGAUGGACGGCGUCGGUGGCUAUGAGGGUUGGCGAUGGAUUUUCAUCCUCGAAGGUCUAGCCACAGUCGUCCUAGGCAUUGCCUGCUUCUUCCUCCUCAUCGACACCCCGGCCCUCUCCACACGGUGGCUUGAGCCAGACGAGAUCCAGUACCUGGAGUUGUCGAUGUUCAUCAAGCAGGGUGGACGCACCGAGAACGACACUGGCUUCAAAUGGCGAGACCUGAUGAUGGUCCUUACGAACUGGCGCGUCUACAUGCAGGCCUGGUUCCUGUUUGCCCAGUCGGCUCUUUCAUACGGAACUAAAUUCACUCUCCCCACGAUCACAAAGUCCAUGGGCUUCAGCGACACAAACGCCCAACUCACAUCUGCACCGCCCUACGUCGCCGCCGCAAUCUCCGCCAUUGUCUUCGCCCGCCUCUCAGACCACUUCUACUGGCGAAUGCCGUUCGUCGUUAUCCCCAUGUUAAUUGUGAUAGUCGCCUACUCAAUCAUUAUCUCGCUAAAGGGCGAGCUGCAAGCCAACAUGGGGGUCGCGUAUAUCGCCGUCGUCCUCGCCGUAAUCGGCAUCUACCCGAUCCAAGCAGCCGCUGCGUCCUGGAACGCGAAUAACAUUGCCCCUGCAUCGCGGAGGGCUAUUGGCAUUGCGCUCAUGAACUGCGUGGGUAAUAUUGGUGGCAUUCUGGGCAGUUUCAUGUAUCUUGAGUCUGAGAGCCCGAAGUAUUAUACGGGCUUUGGGAUUAGUAUUGCGCUGGGAGGCACGGGGAUUAUUGUUGCGGUGCUGUUGGAGUGGAGCUAUAAGAUUGCGAAUAAGAGGAAGGCGGCGCUGGAGGGUGAGGCGAGGGUUAGGUAUACGGAGGAGGAGCUCUUUGAUCUGGGUGAUCGGUCGCCGUUGUUUAAGCAUGUUUUGUAG